UCCGCUGAACUACAGCCAUGUUUGCUGCGGCAACCAAAAACUUUGUGAAGCAGGUGGGGAACACCGGACGUCUAGUCCCUGUGCCCAGCCUAAGUGAAGCGGACCGAUAUCAACCCCUCAGUCUGGUGACGAGGAAAAGGAGACGACAUUUCUGGAAGAAGACCAAAUACGCCACAACCCCUUUCUCGCUGAAAGACAUACUCGUGGGAGAGAAAGAGAUCACAGCAGGAGUCUCUUCAUAUCAGCUCCUGAACUAUGAGGACAAAUCUGAUGUUGCCCUAAAUGGGCGUUUGGGCAACCAUCUGAUCCACGAGGUGGGAGUAAAUGUGAGCGGUUCAGAUUCUGUGGCAGUAAAGGCCUCUUUUGGAAUUGUGACCAAGCAUGAGGUGGAAGUUCCGACAUUAUUGAGAGAACUCAAUGCAAGGAAAGUUGACCUGGAUCACUGUUUGAUCCGUCAGUCCAAAGAGAGCGGGCGGACCGUGCUGUGUGUUGUCAUGGAGAGUAUCCGCACCACGAGGCAGUGUUCCCUGACCGUCCACGCCGGAGUGCGAGGGACUACCAUGAGGUUCCAGAUAGACGACGGUCGAAACCCUAAAGGUCGAGAUAAAGCCAUCGUAAUUCCAGCCCACACGACCAUAGCGUUCAGUGUUCUUGAGCUUUAUGUGCGUCUCGAUGGACGUCUAGACAUAUGCGUGGCUCCAGAGUCAGUAGGAGGGUUUGAGAGGGAACAGAUCCGUGAGCAGCUCGGGGGAUUCAUCGGCCGCUUUUCCGUCGGAAGGCUUAGGAGAUUCCUGUCGGGAAUAAUCUAUGGAAAUCCUUUCAGAGCAGACGACAGAACGUUUGAAGAGCUCACUCACUCUGAUACGUACAUGGAUGACGUGGUGACGGACUACUACGAGAAGGCUGCCAGCAUGACUGACCUGUCCACGGCCUACCUGCGGGACGAAAAGCACACGCGUGUAAACCUGCUCAACCAUAACAUACCUAAAGGACCGUGUGCCUUGUGUGGGAUGGGCCACCAGAGGCGCGAGACUGUCUAUGGUUGCCUGGAAUGUUCUUCAGGGGGAAACAAAUAUGUCCGUCUACACGCUGUACCAUGUUUUGACCUCUGGCAUAAAACUUUGAGGUGAGGAACGGCUCGGAGGAACUCCCAGGCUGAUUACAUCCCACAAGAUGUAAAACCCUCAGCUUUAAUUUUGGAAAAAAAAACGAAUUUUAUUAAAGCAAGAAUGUUCUCUGCUCGUUGUUAGUGGAACUGACGUUGAUUUCAACAAAUUGUGACCUCAAUCUGGUUAUUAAGUCAUUUGUUUAGUGAUUGAUGUAUGCUUCUUCGUUUUCUCAGUUUGUACGAGAGUACAUUAUUUUACUCCUAGCAUCAUAGUUACAUACUUUACUGGCCAAAAGUUUUGAAUGAUUAAGAUAUUUAUAAUGAUUUCG